CCCUCACCACCCCCAUCUCCCCCAUCUCCCCCCAUCCUGCUCUCAGCCCCCCCCGGAGUGCAGAGGAAUGCUGUGAGACCCCGCGGCGGCCCGACCAUGUCUCGUGCGUCCACCGGCAGCGAGAGGGUCAAUGACUCGACUGGCUCUGCCCGCUCCGAAAAAGGCUCAACCACCUCCUCCUCCUCUGUCUCUUGGCCGUCCCGCCCCCCAGGAGCCCGGUCCCGGAGCUCCGCCCCCGAUGAGCCACAUGUGGGCAAUUACAGGCUCCUGAGGACCAUUGGGAAGGGAAACUUUGCUAAAGUGAAGCUGGGAAGACAUGUCCUAACCGGGAGAGAGGUCGCUAUAAAGAUAAUUGAUAAAACUCAGCUGAACCCCAGCAGCCUCCAAAAGCUUUUCCGUGAAGUUCGGAUCAUGAAGGGCCUGAACCACCCGAAUAUUGUGAAGCUCUUUGAAGUGAUUGAGACAGAGAAGACCCUCUACCUGAUCAUGGAGUACGCCAGUGGAGGUGAAGUGUUUGAUUACCUGGUGUCUCACGGGCGGAUGAAGGAGAAAGAAGCCCGUGCCAAAUUCCGUCAGAUUGUAUCCGCCGUUCACUACUGUCACCAGAAGAACAUUGUCCACCGGGAUCUUAAGGCUGAGAACCUCCUGCUCGACGCUGAGGCUAAUAUUAAGAUUGCUGACUUUGGGUUCAGUAAUGAAUUUACUCCUGGUGGAAAGCUGGACACAUUCUGCGGGAGUCCCCCGUAUGCCGCUCCUGAAUUGUUCCAAGGAAAGAGGUACAAUGGUCCUGAAGUGGACGUGUGGAGCCUGGGGGUCAUACUCUACACUCUGGUCAGCGGCUCCUUGCCAUUUGAUGGACAGAACCUCAAGGAGCUGAGGGAACGUGUUCUUCGUGGUAAAUACAGAGUCCCCUUCUACAUGAGCACAGACUGUGAGAGUGUCCUGCGCAGGUUUCUGGUGCUGAACCCCACCAAGCGCUGCACUCUAGAGCAAAUAAUGAAUGACAAAUGGAUGAAUAUCGGGUACGACAGUGACGAUCUGAAGCCAUACAAGGAGCCGGAGGAAGACCACGCUGACCCGAAGCGCAUCGAGGUCAUGCUGGAGAUGGGAUAUUCCAGGGAGGAGAUUAAAGACGCUUUGAACUCUAAUAAGUACAAUGAGGUUAUGGCCACCUACCUGCUGCUGGGGCGGAAAGCUGAGAAUGAAGCAGGGGAGUCUCGAUCAGACAGCACGCUCUCCCUCUCUCGCAGUCGAGUCACCUCUGAUGUCACCAAUGGCGCCAGCAAGUCAUCGUCCACCCACAGCAAGAACCAGCGGGGGUACCAGAGGCAGAGGAGGCACAGCGACUUCUGUGAGUCCUGGGCACCCAGAGGAAGGCGCUCAGCACUGGGG